GAAAAAAUGGACACUAUGAUCGCUCAGAAUGUUGAUUAUGAGAACACACUAGGUACUGAAUCAUGGGAAGAUGAUUUAUACUCUAAAGUAAAAGGAAUUGACAAGGGAGGUCGUGUUCGAUGCAUGGGAAUGAUUGCAAAAUCAUUGAAAACUGGGAUAAAAGAGCAACUCCCAGAUAUCAUUUUAAGUUCCAACGUCGUGGAAGCCGUGGAUCCUGCACAACAAAUUGUUAGAAAACAAGAAUUCUUUUGACACAAUCCCGAGUCAACUUGUUCAAUUUUUUUUCCUUGUUUUGGAGGGGCAUAUAUGUAACGCACAUUGCCAUUAAAAUUAUCUUCUUAGCCUUGCCCGAUUCUGCUCUUCUCUUCCCGCUGCAGCCACCCGAGAGAAAAAGAAAGGGGAACCCAGCCAUGCCUUUGAGAAACUGGUGAGAAAGCUUGGUUUUCUCCUUCUUUUCUUGCUCUAGAACACACCUAGAACCCAGAAAUCUUCCCCCCCUGCUGGAAAAGCCGGAUCUGCCCUGCUCUGCUUUGUCCUUCCGCCGGCUG